AAAAAGGCCACCCACAAUCGCCCCCAUUGUUCACUGGCAUCAUUGUCUGUCUGACAUCCCAGCUGCUCAGCCAUGGCCCCCAAGAAAGCCAAGAAGAGGGCGGCGGAGGGAGCCAACUCCAAUGUGUUCUCCAUGUUCGAACAGGCCCAGAUCCAGGAAUUCAAAGAGGCCUUCACAAUCAUGGACCAGAACAGAGACGGCUUCAUUGACAAGAACGAUCUGAGGGACACCUUCGCUGCUCUUGGACGUCUGAAUGUGAAACAGGAAGAGAUCGACGACAUGCUCAAAGAGGCUCCUGGUCCCAUCAACUUCACAGUCUUCCUCACAAUGUUUGGUGAGAAGCUGAAAGGCGCGGAUCCAGAGGAGACCAUCCUCAACGCGUUUAAAGUCUUCGACCCCGAGGGAAAAGGCAUACUGAAGAAAGACUACGUGACACAGAUGUUAACCACACAGGCCGACCGAUUCUCCUCUGAAGAGAUGGAGCAGAUGUUUGCCGCCUUCCCCCCUGAUGUGGCUGGAAACCUGGACUACAAGAACCUGGUGCACAUCAUUACUCACGGAGAGGAAAAAGACCAAGAGUGAACCUUUUUCAUCAUGUUUUUUUGUUUUUUUUUUCAGUAAUUCUUUAGGCUAAAAGUGAGAACUGCAAGCUUUUCGCCUAUAUUGGCUUUAUUCUUUCUGUACAGUCAGAUUAAAAAAAUCGAUGCUU